AUGGCGGCCAAAUCAGCAGCAUCAGCAGCUUAUGCCAUCCUCUUCCUCGUCAUCGUCGGCACCGCCAUGCCCACAGCCUCAUCAUUCCAACUCAUCCCUGACUUCAUAAAAUGCUGGAAAGCCAUCGUCGAGGUCGAGCACUGUGUGGUAAAGCUUAUUCCUUCCUUCCUCACCUUACACAUAAGGCUCACUCAGGAAUGCUGCAACGCUUUCGUGCACAUUGAAGAGAGCUGUCUUCCUGCGGUCUUCACAGCCCCUUUGUUAGGACCUGGAUUGUCAAACAUCACCUCUACCGUCUGCGGCUUAUUCGCUAAUCCAUCGUCGCCACCAGCACUGGCUUGA